CGAUGGCUUUUCUUUGUGGGGCGUAAGCGGGUCUUGCCGACACCUCUCGCCUGAGAUGGAGCCUCUCGGUGCGGGCAGCAGGCUGAUCUCGCUGCUCUCCGGACCUCCGGGGAGAAGUGGGGAUAAAAAAAACCGGGUGUGCUGCCGCCUCGUUCGUCUAGGCUGAUUAAAUCAGCGCUGAUGUGUUUAUUUCAAAGCUCGCCAGCAGCAGGAGGGUCGUGAGGCUGUUUUCUAUUGUGUGCUGGCUGAAGCCUGAAGUGGGCGUCGCUCCAGGACAGACGGGGCUGCUCCGGUGCGGCGCUGCCCGCUUUUCUCUCGAAGGACUGCAGCGCUACCGGACCGUUUUCUAGGUCAAACGACUGCUUCAAUCGCCGAAUUGAUCUCCACUAAGAUCCCUUCUGGUUUUAAAUGCUAUUUAAUAAUAACCGUGGUGCUUCCGGCGGGUGUACCGUGGGUUAUUAUCGGGCGACGCGGAGCCUGAUUCAGAUAUUUCAUAUCUAAGCUGCAGAACGGGGAAAGAAAACGAGGCUGCAAUAUAGCUCGGUGCUGAAUAAUUUUAUUCUUUAAGGAGUCCGGCUGCUGUAUUUAAUUUCAUUUUCUCAUCCGGCCAGUCGUGACUAGUUGGACGGCUGGAUUUCCCAGCGCGCUUUGAACUCAGCACAGGAUUGAUUAAAGUGUUUGUCACCCGAUGCUCUUCGAGUCGGGCGUUGCACAUGAAAAAGAUGUUCUGACUGAAGGAUUGCUCAGCCAAUCACAAAUCAGGAAGAAGUUGGGUGGGCGAUCAGAACUGGAGGUGUUCCAGUUUAGAGAGAUGGUUGUGUCACCCUCAGCUAUGCUUAGCAGACAUUUUCAUCCCGCCAGACGGACGCAGGCGUGCCCGUGUUCCAGUAAGGACCUAGAUGAGCAGCCUCAGAGGUGGUUCAACACGGCUGACAUCACCGCGUCUCACCAAAGCAGCCUGCUUAAGCAGCUCAACCAGCAGCGCCGCCAGGAGCUCUUCUGUGACUGCAGCGUGCUCGUGGAGGGCCAGCACUUCAGGGCACACCGUAACGUCUUGUUCGCCAGCAGCGGCUACUUCCGCAUGCUGCUGUCCCAGGGGUCCGACGGGCUGCCCGACACCGCCAGCGCCACCUUCGACGUCUUCAGCCCAGAGACUUUUACCGUCAUCCUAGAUUUCAUCUACACGGGCCAGCUGGACCUGUCCAGUCACAACGUGAUUGAGGUGAUGUCUGCAGCCAGCUACUUGCAGAUGAACAGCGUCAUCAGCUACUGCAAGAACUUCAUCAAGUCCUCUUUGGACAUCAGUGUGAAAGAAGAAGACAGCGAUCGGUGCCUCAGCUUGUCUGAGACAUGUUCGUUCACGAGUGGAGCAGGAGAAGAGUCCACGGAUCACCAGCAGCAAGGUCCCCGCUCCGUCAGCCCACCGCCUGCACUCUGGACCCGCGACAGCUCCAGAUCCCAGUCUGGCUUUUUUGGAAAAGACUCAGAGCAGGACGCUUCCUCCUUAGCCUUGAAGACGGAUCCAAGCAGCCCUGUUAACGAAAUUAGCGCAGAGGUAGACGACCUGCAGGACCCCCAGGACCCACUGUACACAUUACCAGGAUCAGAGCGCCGGCGUGGAAGAGGAGGAGCCAAGCGGAAAGUGUCUAACAGCAGUCGCUCCAGCCAGCACGAGGAUCUGGACAUUCAGGAGGCGCGGACUCGAAAGGCUGAAAAGGCAGAGGAGCUUUAUGCCACUCUACCGCCCAUCGUCGGUGUUAUUAGUCACUUUAAUAAAGAUUCUAAUCCAAUCAUGCGCUUCAAGUGCCCCUUCUGCACACACACGGUGAAGAGGAAGGCCGACCUGAAGCGCCACCUGCGCUGCCACACUGGGGAGAGGCCGUAUCCGUGUCAGGCCUGCAACAAGCGCUUCACUCGCCUGGAGCAUCUCCGCAGCCACUUUGAGACGAUCCAUCAGGCCAGGAAGCUGGUGUGCAGGAAGUGCAAGUGUCAGGUGACAGAAGAGACUGGACAUGUGGUUUGUGAGGGAACACGCCGUUACCGCAUGUGCACCGCCUGCAUCCAGGAAGUGGGCUGCGACGACGUCCCCAUGGACGGUCUGCAGGCGUCCAACGACGAGCCGGCCCUGCUGCUAGGCGUGGACGGCGAGGAGGAGGGGGACGCUAAAAGAACCUGGAUGGUAAACGAUGACGAUGACCUGGCUGAAGACUCGGGAGCAGAUCUCAUCAUCCAGCAGGUGGACGACAGCGACGAGGAGCUGCAGUGAAGUUGGAUCAAAAUGUGUGCAGAUAAAAAGCCAUGCUAGAGAAUUUAUGGACAAACUGAAGCCCACACCUGUAUAUACACACACCUGUGAUGUGUUAGACAUCAACUAGUUAAAUUCAACUAUUAUUUUAUUUAGCUGAGAUUGUGGUGCAGGUGGAAAGUUAUUCGUUGAUCUUCUGGAAGAUAUACGGUAUCCAAAGCAUGCAUAUAAUCAAUGUUUCAGUUGUUUCAGUUGUAGUUAUAUGAUAACUCUUAUGAACUCUUUUGAAUCUUUAUAUGCACGACCAAACGUCACAACUUUGGUGGAUUUUUUGGACCAUUUUUUGGCAUUAAAGCCAACAUUAAUCACUCAGAAAUGAUGGCAGUCGUCCCAGAGAAGGGAAAGUUUAUUUUUCAGUGUUUGUCUGCAGUUUAACCAGUGCUUGUGAUAUGCACUAUGUUAUGAACAACUAUUUAUUUAUUUGACUUCUUUGUUUUAUUUUAUUUUUCACUCAUUAAAGAUAUUUUUAUACCGUU